AUGAUGCAGCCAGGUAUAGGAAAGACGAAGGGUCGAGUGGCAAGUGAAUGGAGGUGGGGCUCUGGAUCCAUCGGUCGUCGUCGUCGUCGUCGUCGACGGCGGUAGAGUGUACGGAGGAGUGGAGGAGGAGGGGGCGUGUCGUCGGUGCCACGCCCACGCAGCGUCUUACAACGACGAGAGAAGAGGCGUCGGGGAGAGAGAAGCUAGAAGCUUUUGGCUGGAGGAGAAUGAAGAGGAGGAGGAGUAG